UGCAUCAUUAUGUAUCGUUUGGCUUGACAUGUGUGAGUUCUCGCCAGGAUCCGUAGCUUCUUCCCCGGACUGACUGUGCGCCACGAUGUCACUAAUAGCAUGACUUAAUAUUGUACAUAUUUAGUGGACAUGCCUACUAGUAGACCUACGAACAACAUGUCGUUCCUGUCCCCGAUCAUUUCGUGGUAACGUUUGUAUAAAAAGAAGUCAAAGAUGAAUCUUCCGCCCAGAGUGUACCAGUUUCUUGUAGGCCUUUUCGCCUCACUUGGCUCGCUGCUAUUCGGGUAUGAUCUUGGUGUCAUAGCUGGCGCAAUCGCCUGUGAGUCUUUCAAGGCUGAGUUUGAUCCCACCGAGAAUCAAAAGGGUGCAGUCGUUAGUGUGUUUACGGGAGGAGCAUUCUUCGGUGCACUCCUUGCUGGUGCCACGGGAGACUAUUUUGGCCGAAAGAAGACAAUUUUGCUGGGCGCGACCAUAUUCAUUCUUGGCGGAGGUUUGCAGACUGGCGCGCAGAGUCUUGAUUUUCUAUACGCCGGACGGUGCCUUGCGGGCGUCGGUGUUGGUUUCCUGACCAUGAUAAUACCACUCUAUCAAGCAGAAACUGUACACCCUGACAUUCGUGGGCGGGUGACUUCUUUGCAGCAAUUUAUGCUUGGAGUCGGAGCUCUGAUAGCGUCUUGGACAUCUUAUGGAACAUAUAUAGGUUUCGCUCCAGAUGAUAGCAGGCAAUGGCGGGUCAGCUUAGGAAUUCAAAUCAUCCCAGCCGGCAUCCUCGCACUCUGUAUCCUCCUAUUUCCCGAGUCGCCAAGAUGGCUCAUCGAUCAUGGCAGACCAGGUGAUGGUCUGUCGACUCUUGCAAGACUACAUGCUAAUGGCGAUGAAAACGAUCCUUGGGUUCGUGCUGAGUUCGACCAAAUUCAGGAGGCAAUCACAUUUGAGCAUGAACAUGAAGCCAAGUCUUAUACCGAGCUUUUUACUGAUAAGUCUUCCUUUCGGCGGCUUUUCCUUGCCUGCGCCUUGCAGGCAUCUGUGCAAAUGACCGGAGUCAGCGCAAUUCAAUUCUUUUCGGUCGAUAUCUACGGACAGAUCGGGAUUGCUGGAAACGAUACCUUGAAAUAUCAAGCUAUCAGUUCAGUCUUGGCCUUGAUUGCUGAGUUUCUCUGCAUGUUACUGAUCGACCCGAUUGGGCGUCGUUGGCCACUGAUCGGAGGUAACCUUGGAAACAUGGUCACUUUCAUCGUCGCCACAAUUCUGCUGGCGAAGUUUCCGCCUGGCGAGUCAGGCAACCAUAGUGCGGCAUGGGGGUUCAUUGUCAUGACGUGGUUGUACAACUUCUCGUUCAGCUUGACGUGCGGACCGUUAAGCUGGAUCAUUCCGGCGGAGAUAUUCGACACAAAGACUAGAUCGAAAGGUGUUUCCAUCGCCACAAUGACUUCUUUCGCAUUCAACACAAUGAUCGGACAAGUAACGCCAAUUGCGAUGGCUAACAUCAAAUAUCGAUUUUACUUCCUCUUCAUCAUUUGCAACUUUACCAAUGCUUUGUUUUUCUGGGCCUUCUUGCCUGAGACAGCCAAGCGGCCCUUGGAGGAGAUGCAUUACCUCUUCACAAAUGCACCAUACUUUGUGCCUAUGAUGAAGAAGUCAGAGUUCGAAACGCACGAUUUGGAGCGUCGUGUAGAGGAGGUUGAGAGGAAGCGAGCCCUUUGA